CUACUAGUAGUACUACUGCUACCUGCCCCUGUCAGUCACAGAGCAAGAAAAGCCACGAACUCCGGCGACGGCGAGGAGCAGCAGCGGCAGCCCAUGGCGAUGGCGAUCCCCAAGGUGGACCUACGCGGGCUCGAGCCGGGGACGCCGGGGUGGGAGGCGGCCCGGGCCACGGUGACCGCGUCCAUGGUGUCGCACGGCUGCGUCGUGGUCGCGCACGGCGAGCUCGGGGCGGAUCUCCGGGAGGCGCUGUUCGGCCGCGCCGUGCGGGAGGCGUUCGCGCUCCCCGCCGAGGCCAAGCGGCGGAACGUGUCCACGGUGGGGCCUUACAGGGGGUACAUCGCCAACAUCCCCGGGAUGGACUGGGAGAGCCUCCGCGUCCACGACGCCGACGACGCCGCCCGCGUCCGCGAGUUCGCCGGCCUCCUCUGGCCGGAGGGCAACCCGGAGUUCUGUGAGACGAUCGUGUCGUUCGCCACGAAGAUGAGGGAUCUGGAGCGGACGGUGGAGAGGAUGACCCUGGAGGGCCUCGGCGUCGGGGAGGACCACAUCGCCUCGCACCUCGCCGCGCAGGACUACGGCGUCCGGCUGUCCCACUACGGCCCGCCGCCGGACGCGUCGACCGCCAUCUCCCUGCAGGCGCACCGCGACGACAGCAUGACCACCAUCAUCGUGCAGCACGAGGUGGAGGGCCUCGAGGUGCAGGCCGGCGACGGGAGCUGGCACGCCAUCCCCCCCGAGCCCGACACCAUCGCCAUCGUCGCCGGCGAGCUGUUCAGGGUGGUGACGAACGGGCGGGUGCCGGCGAGCGUGCACCGCGUGAGGACGCCGAGCGGGCGGGAGCGGUACUGCGUGCUGGUCGGCAGCCGGAGCAAGGACGGCGCGGUGCUGAGCGCCAUGGACGAGCUCGUCGACGGCGAGCACCCGCUGGCGUACAGGCCGUGCAAGGCGGAGGAGUUCAUCCAGUUCCGCUACUCGGAGGAAGGCCGCAAAUUCAGCGACCCACUCAAGGCGUUCUGCGGAGUAAACGCUACAGAAUGAUAUCGCACAGAUGUAAUGAUAGCGUUCGAAUAAUUGUGACAGUUAAUUAGUCCGUCCGUCCUAAAAUAUAGCAACUUUAUACUGGAUAGGACACGUAUACUGGAUGUGACAUAUCUUAUUAGUAUAAAUUUGCUAUAUUUUGAGAUGGAGGGAGUAUUUAUAAUCAAUCGUCUUCAAGUUGAUUCUGAACUUAGCUUAUGAGAUGAAAUUAUUCGAGUGAUUUUCUUUCAAUACAUUAAGAUUAAUCUUGCGUGUGA